AGAGCACUGAGAACACUCCCCAGGCAGGGCAUGCAUCAUGCUCCCAACACUGGUACUGCUCAUCUUCUGCAGUUUCCUUCAAUCUGCUGCUUUUGAAGGAAAUUAUUGGUCCCAUGUUUUUCUCCAAAACCAGAAAGAAUCUCUGCAAAGAAUCAGACCUUCAGGACAGAACAGAAGUGUGGAAGAGGAGUACUUUUUGCCAACAGUUUUGAGCAAGGAUUCCUGUUCUACAUGGGGUGGAGGGCAUUUUUCAACCUUUGAUAAAUACCAGUAUGACUUCACUGGGACUUGCAACUACAUCUUUGCAACUGUAUGUGAUGAGACCAGCCCAGACUUCAACAUUCAGUUCCGUCGUGGGCUGGACAAAAAAAUUGCAAGGAUCAUUAUUGAGCUUGGACCUUCUGUUGUCAUUGUUGAGAAAGGCAGCAUUUCUGUCAGGAGUGUUGGUGUCAUUCAGCUGCCUUACACCAGCAAUGGAAUCCAAAUAGCGCCUUAUGGACGCAACAUCCGCCUGGUGGCUAAGCUGAUGGAGAUGGAGCUGGUUGUCAUGUGGAACAAUGAUGACUACCUCAUGGUUUUGGCUGAAAAAAAAUACAUGGGGAAAACCUGUGGAAUGUGUGGGAACUACGAUGGUUAUGAAUUGAAUGAAUUUGUGCGUGAAGGUAAAUUGCUCGAUACAUUUAAAUUUGCUGCUUUACAAAAAAUGGAUGAUCCAUCAGAGAUUUGCCUGUCUGAGGAGAUACCAAUUUCCACUGUUCCUCACAAAAAAUAUGCCAUAAUCUGCUCUCAGCUACUUAAUUUGGUGUCACCAACCUGCAGUGUACCAAAAGAUGGGUUCGUGAUUCGUUGCCAGCUCGAUAUGCAGGACUGCAGUGAGCCAGGACAAAACAACUGCACUUGCUCUACACUGUCCGAGUAUUCUAGGCAAUGUGCUAUGUCCCACCAAAUGGUGUUCAACUGGAGAACUGAAAACUUCUGCUCUGUGGGAAAAUGUUCUGCGAACCUAAUCUAUGAGGAAUGUGGUUCUCCAUGUAUUAAAACCUGUUCCAACCCAGAGUACAGCUGUUCCAGUCACUGUACCUAUGGCUGCUUUUGUCCAGAAGGAACUGUUCUUGAUGACAUCUCAAAGAAUCGGACAUGUGUUCACAUUAGCCAGUGUCCAUGUACACUGAAUGGGAAAACAUAUGCUCCUGGUGAGACAAUGAAAGCAGCUUGUAGGACUUGUAAAUGUGUGAUGGGUCAGUGGAACUGCAAAGACUUGCCCUGCCCUGGAAGGUGUUCACUGGAAGGAGGCUCCUUUGUUACCACGUUUGAUUCAAGGCCAUAUAGAUUCCAUGGGGUUUGCACUUAUGUUCUUAUGAAGAGUUCCAGCCUGCCACACAAUGGAACCCUAAUGGCUGUUUAUGAAAAGACUGGUUAUUCUCAUUCUGAGACAUCACUUAGUGCUAUAAUUUAUCAAUCUACAAAAGACAAAAUUGUGAUUUCUCAGAAUGAUCUCCUUACUGAUGAUGAUGAACUUAAGCGGCUGCCUUACAGAUCAGGAGACAUCACUGUUUUCAGACAGUCCUCCAUGUAUGUUCAAAUGCAUACAAACUUUGGGCUGGAACUUGCAGUUCAAACAUCACCUGUGUUCCAGGCCUAUGUGAAAGUUGGAUCACAAUUCAAAGGCAGAACACUAGGUUUGUGUGGCAAUUACAAUGGAGACACUACAGAUGACUUCAUGACCAGCAUGGAUAUCACUGAAGGGACAGCCUCCCUGUUUGUAGAUUCCUGGAGGGCAGGAAAUUGCCAUCCUGCCUUAGAGAGAGAGACAGACCCUUGUGCUUUGAGCCAACUAAACAAAAUAUCUGCUGAGACUCACUGCUCCAUUCUUACCAAGAAGGGUACAGUGUUCGAGAAAUGCCAUGCUGUGGUGAACCCUAUUCCUUUCUACAAGAGAUGUGUCUACCAGGCCUGUAAUUAUGAAGAGACCUUUCCCUAUAUUUGUUCUGCUCUGGGAUCGUAUGCACGAGUGUGCAGUUCCAUGGGCUUAGUCCUUGAGAACUGGAGAAGCAGUAUGGACAAUUGCACUAUUACUUGUACUGGCAAUCAAACAUUUAGCUACAACACUCAGGCAUGUGACAGGACAUGCUUGUCACUCUCCAAUCGAGCCCUGGAAUGCCAUCCAACUGAUAUUCCUGUUGAAGGCUGCCAGUGUCCUAAAGGAACGUACCUGAACCACAAGAGUGAGUGUGUUCGUAAAUCUCAUUGUCCUUGCUACUUAGAAGACAGGAAGUACAUUCUGCCUGACCAGUCAACAAUAACUGGUGGGAUCACCUGCUAUUGUGUUAAUGGGAGGCUAAGUUGCACAGGCAAACCUCAAAAUCCUGCAGAAAGCUGCAAAGCUCCUAAGAAAUACAUAUCAUGUUCUGACAGUUUAGAAAACAAGUAUGGAGCUGCAUGUGCCCCUACCUGUCAGAUGCUGGCUACUGGAAUUGAAUGUAUACCCACAAAGUGUGAGUCAGGCUGUGUCUGUGCUGAUGGCCUCUAUGAAAAUCUUGAUGGUGGGUGUGUGCCAGCUGAGGAGUGUCCAUGUGAAUAUGGCGGCCUUGCUUAUGGAAGAGGUGAACAAAUCCAGACUGAAUGUGAGAUCUGCACUUGCAUGAAAGGCAAAUGGAAAUGUGUUCAGAAAACAAGGUGUUCCUCCACCUGUAAUCUGUAUGGAGAGGGCCACAUCACCACCUUUGAUGGACAGCGUUUUGUGUUUGAUGGCAACUGUGAAUACAUAUUAGCUAUGGAUGGCUGCAGUGUUAACAGACCUGUUUCCUCUUUCAAAAUUGUUACUGAGAAUGUCAUCUGUGGGAAAUCAGGAGUUACGUGCUCCAGAUCCAUCAGCAUUUACCUUGGGAAUCUGACAAUCAUACUGAGAGAUGAAACCUUCGCUAUUUCUGGGGAAAAUCCUGGUGUACAGUACAAAGUGAAAAAGAACGCCCUUCACCUGAUGUUUGAUGUCAUUAUCCCAGGAAAAUACAACAUGACCCUUAUUUGGAAUAAGCAUAUGAACUUCUUCAUCAAGAUCUCCAGAGAAACACAGGAAACGAUCUGUGGUUUGUGUGGGAACUAUAAUGGCAACAUGAAGGAUGACUUUGAAACUCGAAGCAAGUAUGUGGCAUCAAACGAGUUGGAAUUUGUCAACUCUUGGAAAGAGAAUCCUCUCUGUGGGGAUGUGUACUUUGUAGUGGACCCCUGUAGCAAGAACCCUUACCGUAAAGCAUGGGCAGAAAAGACAUGUUCCAUCAUCAACAGCCACGUUUUUUCUGCCUGUCACAAUAAGGUGAAUCGGAUGCCCUACUAUGAGGCCUGUGUCCGAGAUUCCUGUGGGUGUGACAUUGGAGGGGACUGUCAGUGCAUGUGUGACGCCAUCGCAGUCUAUGCCAUGGUGUGCUUGGAAAAAGGCGUCUGCAUUGACUGGAGGACCCCCGAGUUCUGUCCUGUCUAUUGUGAGUAUUACAAUUCUCAUACAAGAACAGGAAUUGAUGAUGCUUUUUCCCAUGGCUACAAUGACGACAAAUGCGCCUGGCACUACAGGCCUUGUAACUGUCCAAAUCAAAACUACAAAUAUGUCAAUAUUGAAGGUUGCUACAACUGCUCUCAUGAUGAAUACUUUGACCAUGAGGAGGAAAGGUGCAUGCCAUGUGGACAAGCAAACAUUACCACCACACCUGAACCAUCUUCACCUUCACCAGUAACAACAGUGCAGCCUAAAGUAACAAGGAGCUCUACCACAAGCACCCUACCAACAGGACCUAGUACUUCUUCCACAACAACUGUAGCAACUGAGACUACAAAUCCAACAAUAACUGCAAAAAUUACAGUUCCAAGAACUUCACCCUCACAACCUCUUGUCACAAUAAAGUCAACAACUGAACAUACAACAUCAAUUUUUACCACACCAAACAUGACUACAACCAUCACUGCCCCUUCCAUAACUACCUCAAUGAAAAGAACCAUGGGCACUACUCCAAAGUCUGUUCCCUCAUCACCUGCUGCCUCAUCAACUGCUGCUUCAACAGAGACAGAACAAGUAAGGGUCACCUCAUCACCCUUCAAGACCACCAAAAAGGAAAUGGCAACCUCCUCAAUACCUACUCAAACCACAACUUUCAGCCAGCCCAAACUAACAACAGCAGAGAGUGAGGGAACUCAAGCAACAACUCUGCACUAUCCAGAAGUUGUCACCCACAUAAGAACAACGUUGACACAGCCUGUGCAGCACCUUGUCACACAGACACAGGCAACUCCUGCCACAUCCACCAGCAGCACCUCUGUCCCAAGAGGGACCAGCCCUGCCACCAGCCCAGGAGUUCCACUGACAAGGACAUUUCCAAGCUCCAGCUCUUUGCCUGUCACCUUAGCCUCAUCUGCUGCUUCUCUCUCCUCAACCCAACUGCGAACAUCAUAUCCUGCAAGGGAGCCAACCAGAGCUAAGACACCAACUACUAAAGUAGUAACAGCAGCCUUCACCCAUGAACAGUCCACUGUGCCACACAUUGUGCCACCUCUGAGCACACACAAGACCACGGCCACCACCUCCAUCAGCAGCACCUCCAGGACCUCUGUCUCCACAGAAGUGCCUCUGGAGACAGCAUCUCCACAUCCCAGCUCUCCACCUGCCCCCAGCAGCCCCCUCAGCACCCGGCUGCCAUCCACUGCCACCACUUCCACAGUCUCCUCCACAGCAGCUCCAGGCACCAGCCUCAGGCCUACACCUACAACCCUGAGGCCCAAGUCCUCUUCCCCUACCACCAGUGCUCCAAAGGAGUCUCCUGUAACAGAGUCCUCUGCACCCACCACAGCCAAAACCAGCACGCUGCCAUCUCCUGCUUCUUCUCCCUUCUCAACUGUGUCCUCAGCAUGGCUCAGCUCCUCACAGCCUGCAGCCUUCACCCAUGAACAGUCCACUGUGCCAUACAUUGUGCCACCUCUGAGCACACACAAGACCACGGCCACCACCUCCAUCAGCAGCACCUCCAGGACCUCUGUCUCCACAGAAGUGCCUCUGGAGACAGCAUCUCCACAUGCCAGCUCUCCACCUGCCCCCAGCAGCCCCCUCAGCACCCGGCUGCCAUCCACUGCCACCACUUCCACAGUCUCCUCCACAGCAGCUCCAGGCACCAGCCUCAGGCCUACACCUACAACCCUGAGGCCCAAGCCCUCUUCCCCUACCACCAGUGCUCCAAAGGAGUCUCCUGUAACAGAGUCCUCUGCACCCACCACAGCCAAAACCAGCACGCUGCCAUCUCCUGCUUCUUCUCCCUUCUCAACUGUGUCCUCAGCAUGGCUCAGCUCCUCACAGCCUGCAGCCUUCACCCAUGAACAGUCCACUGUGCCACACAUUGUGCCACCUCUGAGCACACACAAGACCACGGCCACCACCUCCAUCAGCAGCACCUCCAGGACCUCUGUCUCCACAGAAGUGCCUCUGGAGACAGCAUCUCCACAUCCCAGCUCUCCACCUGCCCCCAGCAGCCCCCUCAGCACCCGGCUGCCAUCCACUGCCACCACUUCCACAGUCUCCUCCACAGCAGCUCCAGGCACCAGCCUCAGGCCUACACCUACAACCCUGAGGCCCAAGCCCUCUUCCCCUACCACCAGUGCUCCAAAGGAGUCUCCUGUAACAGAGUCCUCUGCACCCACCACAGCCAAAACCAGCACGCUGCCAUCUCCUGCUUCUUCUCCCUUCUCAACUGUGUCCUCAACAUGGCUCAGCUCCUCACAGCCUGCCUUCACCCAUAAAAUAUUGACCGUGCCACACGUUGUGCCACCUCUGAGCACACACAAGACCACGGCCACCACCUCCAUCAGCAGCACCUCCAGGACCUCUGUCUCCACAGAAGUGCCUCUGGAGACAGCAUCUCCACAUCCCAGCUCUCCACCUGCCCCCAGCAGCCCCCUCAGCACCCGGCUGCCAUCCACUGCCACCACUUCCACAGUCUCCUCCACAGCAGCUCCAGGCACCAGCCCCAGGCCUACACCUACAACUCUGAGGCCCAAGCCCUCUUCCCCUACCACCAGUGCUCCAAAGGAGUCUCCUGUAACAGAGUCCUCUGCACCCACCACAGCCAAAACCAGCACGCUGCCAUCUCCUGCUUCUUCUCCCUUCUCAACUGUGUCCUCAGCAUGGCUCAGCUCCUCACAGCCUGCAGCCUUCACCCAUGAACAGUCCACUGUGCCACACAUUGUGCCACCUCUGAGCACACACAAGACCACGGCCACCACCUCCAUCAGCAGCACCUCCAGGACCUCUGUCUCCACAGAAGUGCCUCUGGAGACAGCAUCUCCACAUCCCAGCUCUCCACCUGCCCCCAGCAGCCCCCUCAGCACCCGGCUGCCAUCCACUGCCACCACUUCCACAGUCUCCUCCACAGCAGCUCCAGGCACCAGCCCCAGGCCUACACCUACAACCCUGAGGCCCAAGCCCUCUUCCCCUACCACCAGUGCUCCAAAGGAAUCUCCUGUAACAGAGUCCUCUGCACUCACCACAGCCAAAACCAGCACGCUGCCAUCUCCUGCUUCUUCUCCCUUCUCAACUGUGUCCUCAACAUGGCUCAGCUCCUCACAGCCUGCCUUCACCCAUAAAAUAUUGACCGUGCCACACGUUGUGCCACCUCUGAGCACACACAAGACCACGGCCACCACCUCCAUCAGCAGCACCUCCAGGACCUCUGUCUCCACAGAAGUGCCUCUGGAGACAGCAUCUCCACAUCCCAGCUCUCCACCUGCCCCCAGCAGCCCCCUCAGCACCCGGCUGCCAUCCACUGCCACCACUUCCACAGUCUCCUCCACAGCAGCUCCAGGCACCAGCCUCAGGCCUACACCUACAACCCUGAGGCCCAAGUCCUCUUCCCCUACCACCAGUGCUCCAAAGGAGUCUCCUGUAACAGAGUCCUCUGCACCCACCACAGCCAAAACCAGCACGCUGCCAUCUCCUGCUUCUUCUCCCUUCUCAACUGUGUCCUCAGCAUGGCUCAGCUCCUCACAGCCUGCAGCCUUCACCCAUGAACAGUCCACUGUGCCACACAUUGUGCCACCUCUGAGCACACACAAGACCACGGCCACCACCUCCAUCAGCAGCACCUCCAGGACCUCUGUCUCCACAGAAGUGCCUCUGGAGACAGCAUCUCCACAUCCCAGCUCUCCACCUGCCCCCAGCAGCCCCCUCAGCACCCGGCUGCCAUCCACUGCCACCACUUCCACAGUCUCCUCCACAGCAGCUCCAGGCACCAGCCCCAGGCCUACACCUACAACCCUGAGGCCCAAGCCCUCUUCCCCUACCACCAGUGCUCCAAAGGAAUCUCCUGUAACAGAGUCCUCUGCACUCACCACAGCCAAAACCAGCACGCUGCCAUCUCCUGCUUCUUCUCCCUUCUCAACUGUGUCCUCAACAUGGCUCAGCUCCUCACAGCCUGCCUUCACCCAUAAAAUAUUGACCGUGCCACACGUUGUGCCACCUCUGAGCACACACAAGACCACGGCCACCACCUCCAUCAGCAGCACCUCCAGGACCUCUGUCUCCACAGAAGUGCCUCUGGAGACAGCAUCUCCACAUCCCAGCUCUCCACCUGCCCCCAGCAGCCCCCUCAGCACCCGGCUGCCAUCCACUGCCACCACUUCCACAGUCUCCUCCACAGCAGCUCCAGGCACCAGCCCCAGGCCUACACCUACAACUCUGAGGCCCAAGCCCUCUUCCCCUACCACCAGUGCUCCAAAGGAGUCUCCUGUAACAGAGUCCUCUGCACCCACCACAGCCAAAACCAGCACGCUGCCAUCUCCUGCUUCUUCUCCCUUCUCAACUGUGUCCUCAGCAUGGCUCAGCUCCUCACAGCCUGCAGCCUUCACCCAUGAACAGUCCACUGUGCCACACAUUGUGCCACCUCUGAGCACACACAAGACCACGGCCACCACCUCCAUCAGCAGCACCUCCAGGACCUCUGUCUCCACAGAAGUGCCUCUGGAGACAGCAUCUCCACAUCCCAGCUCUCCACCUGCCCCCAGCAGCCCCCUCAGCACCCGGCUGCCAUCCACUGCCACCACUUCCACAGUCUCCUCCACAGCAGCUCCAGGCACCAGCCCCAGGCCUACAUCUACAACCCUGAGGCCCAAGCCCUCUUCCCCUACCACCAGUGCUCCAAAGGAGUCUCCUGUAACAGAGUCCUCUGCACCCACCACAGCCAAAACCAGCACGCUGCCAUCUCCUGCUUCUUCUCCCUUCUCAACUGUGUCCUCAACAUGGCUCAGCUCCUCACAGCCUGCAGCCUUCACCCAUGAACAGUCCACUGUGCCACACAUUGUGCCACCUCUGAGCACACACAAGACCACGGCCACCACCUCCAUCAGCAGCACCUCCAGGACCUCUGUCUCCACAGAAGUGCCUCUGGAGACAGCAUCUCCACAUCCCAGCUCUCCACCUGCCCCCAGCAGCCCCCUCAGCACCCGGCUGCCAUCCACUGCCACCACUUCCACAGUCUCCUCCACAGCAGCUCCAGGCACCAGCCCCAGGCCUACACCUACAACCCUGAGGCCCAAGCCCUCUUCCCCUACCACCAGUCCUCCAAAGGAAUCUCCUGUAACAGAGUCCUCUGCACUCACCACAGCCAAAACCAGCACGCUGCCAUCUCCUGCUUCUUCUCUCUUCUCAACUGUGUCCUCAACAUGGCUCAGCUCCUCACAGCUUGCCUUCACCCAUGGAAAGUCAACUGUGCCACACGUUGCACCACCUCUGACCACACACAAGACCAGGGUCACCACCUUCAUCAGCAGCACCUCCAAGACCUCUGUCUCCACAGGGAGCAGCCCACCAAGCAGCACAGAAGUGCCUCUGGAAACAGCAUCUCCACAUCCCAGCUCUCCACCUGCUCCCAGCGGCCCCCUCAGCACCCGGCUGCCAUCAGCUGCCCCGUCUCCAUUCUCUUCUGCUUUGGCCCCAACUGUCAGCACUAUGUCUGUGCCUACACCCCUCCCUACUUCCGCAUUUAGGUCUGCUGAGAGCACUACACAUUCUUACUUCCAAAACACCACAUCGACUCCAUAUGGCAAAACAUCUUCAUUAGCUGUCCCUACCAGUAUCUCUGCCCAGUCCAGUGCAGCGUUGAUCCCAGCUGUUUUAUCUACAACCAUUACCUUUGCUCCCCACGUUAUUACUACGGCUUCUACAGAGUCGGUUGAAAGGAGUUCCCUGCAAACAACAACACUGACCACUGCCCGUACGACAUCAUCUCCUCCUCUCACCUCUGGACUUGCAACAUCUCUGUCCUCUGUUGUGCCAUCAACGGUGCCACACGAGCGUUGUAGAGAAGUUGAAUAUGAAGAAGAAAUAACUUACAAAGGCUGUUCCACAAAUGUCACUUUGAGCCAAUGUGAAGGAUCAUGUCCAUCUUCAACAAAGCUGGAUGUUGAGAAGAUGAUGGUUACCACAGCAUGCGGCUGCUGUAGGCCACGUGAACUUCUUAAGAAGGAAUUCCAACUACCAUGCCAAGACCCAGAUAACCCUGGAAAAAGGCUCACCACAGAAAUUAUUGCAUUUAGUGGCUGUGUUUGUAACUUUGACAGCUGCACACACUAGUCAGACCUGAUAUACCAUUUUUUGUAAUUAAACAGUGAUCACAAGUUAA